AUGGAAACAUAUCCCACCUUGUGGUCUGAAUGGGAGGUAAAUCAUUGGCUGGACUGGUGUCAGGCUGAGUUUGGUCUCAACUGUUUGGGCUCAGACUUGAGGGGCCUGAAGGGGAGUGAGCUGUGCCGUCUGGACCAAGAGGCUUUUCUCCGCCUGAUGUCUGACUGCACUGCUGGAGAGAUCUUGUGGGAGCACUUGGAGACCAUGAGGAGAGAGAAUGAAUACGACUGCAGUUCUUCAUUACACUCCUACGCAAUACCAUCCUACUGCCAGCUUCAAAUCAACAAAGAAACAGACUCAGAAGUAGAGACUGCUCACAGUGACGACUCUGACAUUGUCUCACUAUCAUGGAUUGCUCCAUUCCAUGAUUUAGAGCCAGUAAUGGAGGACAGCAUGUCGGAAGACGUUUUCACUUUAUCACAGCAAAACAGGAGCUUCAAAGAAUAUGUCGGCAACAAAAUGGAUCUGGGCAGAGCUGUGAUACCAGCCGCCAUCCUGGCUGGUUACACUGGUAGUGGUCCCAUUCAGCUGUGGCAGUUUCUUCUUGAGCUUCUAACCGACCGCAGCUGUCAGUCAUGUAUAAGCUGGACAGGAGAUGGAUGGGAGUUUAAGUUAACGGAUCCUGAUGAGGUAGCUCUGCUGUGGGGUCGGAGGAAGAACAAACCUAAGAUGAACUAUGAAAAGCUGAGCCGUGGCCUGCGUUACUACUAUGACAAGAACAUCAUCCGCAAAACAACAGGAAAGCGCUACGUCUACCGCUUUGUCUGCAACCUGCAAGGCCUGCUGGGAUAUGAGCCUGGGGAGCUGCACACCAUGAUGGACAUCAACAACAAGAAUCACUAAUGAGGCUACAAACACUGGCAAAGGGACAAAUACCUCCUAAUUUGGGAUUCUUAAUAGUACAACUUGUAUUCUUUUGUAACUCUAAAGCCUAUGGGUGGUGUUGGUGUGUGUACAUACGAGUCAACAGGUGAGAUGUAGCACUAAAACUAGUUGUGACUAUCAAACAAUAAAACUCACAGCAAAUA